AAUUAUAAAAAUAGAAAUACGGAAUAUUCUCCGCGACAGCGUCCGGCUUUCUCGAUCUUACUGAUCUUAACCUUAAAUUUAUUUCCACGUUAUUUUCUUUACUUUCAUCUUAAAAGAACAGAGAAGAAUUGUUUAAAGUAAUUCAGUGUCAAAACAAAGUUUUCCCAUCACAAAAUUAGUGAACAAUUCAAACAUGUCCGACAAAGAAGGAUUUUUCAUGAAAUUCCACGAGAAAAUAAAUCACAGUUUGGACGAUGUCUCGAAAAAUAAUUUCGCCAAUUUGGAAUCUAAUUCAAAACGUGUUUCCUAUUUAUGCAGCCUGUCAGCUGUAAAAUCUUACGAUCUUACUUGUGAUAUCUCCAAAUGUUCAACAGAUGGGGAGAUUUUCGAGAAAAAAGAUCUGGAAAAAGCGCACCAACUGAAAGAAGAAGGGAAUAAAGCAGUACAAAAAGGUGACUGGGCCAAAGCUUUAGAGUUCUACAGCCAAGCAAUGUUGUUCGUGCCUCAAAAAGACACUGACGAACUAUCAAUUCUUUACGCAAACCGCUCUGCGGCAUUAAGUCAUUUAGAACAAUAUGAAGAUACACUUUCUGACAUCAAACACUGCCUCUCACUCGCGUAUCCUCGCCAUCUGAGAUAUAAGGUUUAUGAACGCAGAGCGAGGACUUUGUUAAUUGUCAAGAGACAUCAAGAAGCUAUUACUGCUUUCCAAGAUACAAUAACUGCACUUGAUGAAGCCAACAAUCUUAACAAAGAGAAAAGACAAAAAAUGCGAACUGAUGCUAAACUUAUGUUGGAAAUCUUAAACAAGGGCAUCACAUUAGCCGGAAAUCCAAAAGAUCCGGAACCAUUAAGAAAGACGCCUCCAAAACCUAAACUACCGGGAAAGAAUAACCCGCAGUACCCAGCCGCUUCUGACGCCAUUCAAAUAGAUUACGAUGAAGCAAAAGGUAGAUAUGCAACAGCUGCAAGAGAUAUACAGGCUGGAGAAACGUUGUUAAUCGAGAAACCAUUCAGUGGAGUAUUGUUAGGAGAGUAUUCAAAGACGCAUUGUCAAAAUUGUUUCAUAAAAUGCCCUGUACCAAUCCCUUGUCCAAGAUGUCCGAACGUAAUCUUCUGCAGUGAGAAAUGUUCAGAUGCUGCUCAAAAGACUUACCACAGCUAUGAAUGCCAAAUUUUACCACUACUAUGGAAAUCUGGCUGCUCUAUCACGUGUCAUAUUGCUUUAAGAAUGAUCACACAACACAAAAAAGAUUAUUUCAAUGAAAUAAUCUCUAAUUUGGAAGAAAAACCCAGUGGAAUUUAUAAAACUGGUGAUUAUAAAAACAUUUAUCAUUUAGUAGCCCACGAAGACAAAAGAACUAAGCAAGAUUUCUUGCACAGAACACAAAUGACUGCUUUCCUGCUAAAACUGCUUGAAAUGAGUGGAUACUUCGAUAAUAAACCCAGAGAAAAGCCGAUUGAUACAAAUGAACUCAAAACUUUGGGUAUUGACGAAAAAUAUAAAGACGAUGUCGCAUUAAUUGGUGGAUUAAUUUUAAAAAAUCUGCAAGUCCUUCAGUUCAAUGCGCACGAAGUGUUCGAACUUCAAUGCCCGAAACCAAGAGUGGGCAACAAUGUAAUAAAACAUACUGGAAAAUCGGUUUUCUUGGCUGGUGCAGUAUUUCCUACCCUCGCUUUGUUCAACCAUUCUUGCGAUCCAGGUGUUGUAAGAUAUUUUUGCGGACCGUACAUUGUUGUUCGAACAGUAAAGAACAUUAAGAAAGGCGAGGAAGUAGCUGAGAACUACGGACCUAUUUUCACAACGGUACCUAAGGAGAAGCGACAGGCGGAUCUGAAAGAGCAAUACUGGUUCGAUUGCACUUGUGUACCGUGCCAGCAGAACUGGCCGCGUUACGACGACAUGACAGAAAAUUAUAUGAGGUUCAAGUGUGAUUCGGACCACCCUUGCCCCAACGUGGUACCAGUCCCGUACGACUGCAACGAGUUCAUGGUGAAGUGCGGCUUGUGCAACCAGUACACGAACAUUCUCAAGGGCCUUAAGUCCCUACAGGACACUGAUAUGAUGUACAAGCUUGGCCGAGGAGCUAUGGAAGAAGGCAAAUAUGGAGAAGCAAUAAAGAAAUUCAUUGAUAUGUUAAAAUUAUAUGACUCUACUCUUGCACCGCCAUAUAAGUCCUAUUACGAUUGUGUACAAGAUCUGAGACGCAGCAUGCUGGCUAUGGGAAAUUAUAGUAUUGUCUAAUGUUAUUGUUACAGUUAACUGUUCUUAGUUUUUAGUUCUUCACCAUUAUCUUUUCACAUCAUAUUUUACUCAGACUAUCCAUCUUUUCUUUGGCCUACUCUUAUUGACGUAAUUUUUUUCAAUGCUCCUUU